CAAAGUUCUCUAAAGCCCGGACGACACAACGAGAGACACGAAGGCCUAAAUCUUCUGCUUGGUUUUCUCCUCCGCGAACCCCAGAAUGAGCUCUCUUCCCCCAACGUCCUCCAUGGAUUCCCCCAACCCCUCCACUCCCCACUACCACCGCUCCCCCGAUCCCCGCCUCCGAAGCCGAACCCCCUCCCGUCUCGCCGUCUCCUUCGACGACGACCACACCGAGAGCCACACCAGCGCCGUCGCCACGCCUCCAUCAAGAAAGAAGCCCACGGCCUCGCCGUCCCCGCAUCAACUCUCCAUCCACCCUUGCAGCCCCAUCUCCCUCCAAGAUCUCCUCCUCCUCUCACCCUCCCCUCAUCGGAGGCCCAGGCCGCGGCUCGUGGCAGAGGAGAAACUGGAUCAGGCCGUGGCCCACCGCAAGAAAGGAAAGAGCAGGGCUGCUGCUUCCGCUGCGUCCCCGAGGAACGUUCGAAGGGCUCGGAGGCGGCUGGAGAAGGAGAUCGUGAGAGAGGAGAGGGAGUUGGGUCCUCCGGAAGACGACGUCGGGAGGGCAAGAAAGCGGAGGCAGAGCCGACCAAAGGUUACCCACAAGGAGAGGCUGAGUUUGGUGGCUUCCAUCCCUUCUCCCGGUCCAUUGCCGAAAGCAGCAGAACUCGAGAACGAUGAUGAUGGCCAGACUAACCCCGACAGGCUAGGGGAGCAGAUCUUGGAACUCAUAACGUGGAAAAAUGUUGCAAAGUCCACCUUAUGGUUUGGGCUCGGAUCGAUCUUCUUGUUAUCUUCUUGUUUUUCGAGGGAUUAUGAUUUCAGCAUCAUCUCUGUGUUUUGUCAUCUGGGUAUCUUAAUUUUGGGCUUCAGCUUCUUCAAAAAUUCUAUUCCUCAGAGGCAGCAGCUCAAGUGGAAAGGGAACCUUCGACUGGUGGAAGAGGACAUUCUUCGUGUCAGUCGAGUAGUGUUGCCAAUUGCCAAUGCUGCUCUCGCAAAGACCCAAGAGAUUUUCUCCGGCGAGCCAUCGAUGACUCUCAAGGUGGCACCUAUUCUUAUAUUUGGGGCCAAGUACGGUCACUUGAUAACCCUGUGGAGGCUUUUGGCAACUGGUAUAACAAAUGAUACUCAAAUCUUAAUUGCUGUAAAAAUCAUGGUCAGAACACGUCAUUCUGAGUUCUAUGAAAUCGUUACAGGUUUUUUCUUGAGCUUCACUGCCCCAAAACUCUACUCUUGCUACUCACAGCAAAUACAUAGGAGAGUUGAGAACACGAGAAACUGGAUUCAGGAAGCAUGGGAAUCUUGCCCACGCAAGAGACUUAUAGCAGCAUCAGCAGCCACUGUGUUGUGGAAUUUGUCGAGUGUAAAGGCGCGCAUCUUCGCAGCAUUUAUCUCUGUAGUGAUACUUCGGUAUCACCAUCAACGACGAAUGGGAGGGGAAGAGAAUGGUGAAAAAGAAAGCAGGGAAGCAGAGCAACAGCAAGCAAUAGUUCUAGCAGAGUAGAAGUCAUUUAAUGCAACUCGAGAUGGUAAUCUCCAGGAAUAUAGCAGCGUAAAGUUUGCCUGUUUCGUACAUUUCCUUUAGCAUGUACUAUUGCCGUAAUGUAUCACUGACAUUCAGAGGUGAAUGGAGUGCAUAAUUAACAGGAUUGUAGUGAGUUGUUUUGUUAGAUACGGCUGUAUCUCAUUCCCAAAGCGCACUGCAAUUUGAAGCUAAAUAACUAUUCUGUGCUCCAAGUCUGAAUUAUCUA